GGGCUGAAAGCCCUAUGAAGCGGUAUAUAAGUCUAACUGCUAUUGCUAUUGCUAUAUAUAGACCUAAAUGGCCUAUUUCUUGCUAACAUCCCAACCUAUUUGGAUAUCUGAUUGCAGAAGAAUGACAUUCACAGAAGCAGGAAACUUGCAGAGAAAAAGAUGCCUUAAUUUAUAUAUUUAUUUAUCUGAUUUAUAUCUUGACUUUGUCCUCUUUAAAUGUCCUGGAGCCAAAUCAUUUUAGGCCUUUUUAAGCAACUUGGGGAAGAUGUCAUUGAAAAGUUGCAGGGUGGAGCGUUUCAGCUCAGGGUUGUAAUCUAGUGAUCACAUAAACUUCCAGAACUUUCUCUCUCUCUUUCUGUAAGGAGCUACAUGUGUUUUGAGGCCCAGGUUCUCUGUUUCUCAUUACUGGGAUGACUGCAGACGUUAUCAUGUCACUGUAAUUCAGUAUGUAGGAGAAAUGAUGCGCUACUUGUGUAAUGCACCAAAGAGAGAUAAUGACCGUGACCAUAGGGUAAGACUAGCCAUUGGCAAUGGAAUGCGGAUAGAGGUUUGGAAGGAGUUCCUGAAUAGAUUUGGACCCAUCAAAAUCUGUGAAGUUUAUGGAGCUACCGAAGGAAAUGCUGGAUUCCUUAAUUAUGUAGGAAAAGUUGGAGCAGUGGGAAAGUCCAAUUUCUUUUAUAAGAAAAUGUUCAACUAUGAAUUUGUGCAAUAUGAUGUGGAUGCAGAUCAGCCUGUGAGAGAUGAGAAGGGGCUCUGUAUCCCAGUGCCUACAGGACAGACAGGUUUAAUGGUGGUAAAAAUAAGUAAGAGUGUCCCAUUUGAAGGCUAUGCAGGAGAUUAUGGAAACACAGAGAAAAAAAUUCUCCAUAAUGUCCUGAAGAAAGGAGACAGUUAUUUUAAUACUGGAGAUCUUUUGAGGGAAGACCAUGAAGGUUUUAUCUAUUUCCAUGAUCGACUGGGAGAUACUUUCCGCUGGAAAGGAGAGAACGUGGCCACCACUGAGGUUGAGAUGACAUUGGCAGUUUUGGAUAUCAUUGAGGAAGUCAAUGUAUAUGGAGUACCAGUGCCAG